AUGGAUCAGGCAAGACUGUACACGAUCAUUGAAUGUCUUAAAUAUGCUACGACGGGCGACCUUCCGCCCAAUAGCAAAGGUGGCGCUUUUAUACAUGACCCAAAGCUAUGCGGUGCGAAGGAAGUUUUGGCUCAGGUGAAACUGGCCUUCAAAGCAACUUCCAAUGCAAAGAUGGUCGUCACGCGAAGCCUACAACUAACAGUGAAGAAAUCGACCCGCGAGCAAAAGACCCUGGAAGGCCAGUUACUAAUGGUGAAAGAUGGCGAAAGAACUGCCAUUUCCUCUCGAGUAGCCGAGCUAGACCAGAUUAUGCCACAAUAUCUCGGAGUUUCAAAGGCAAUCCUGGAUAAUGUCAUAUUUUGCCAUCAGGACGAGAGUCUCUGGCCAAUGAGUGAACCGUCUGUGCUUAAAAAGAAAUUCGAUGAAAUAUUCGAAGCACAGAAGUACACAAAAGCCAUUGAUAACAUUGGCGCUUUGCGAAAGAAGCAAAAUGAGGAACUUGCUAAAUACAAGAUCAUAGAACAAUAUGCUCGAGAGGAUAAGGACAAAGCCGAUAAGGCGGAGAAAAGAUCAAUUGUCCUCCAGGAGGCAAUAGAAAAACUUCGUACUGAAAGUCAUGAUCUUUCUAAUCAAAUGAGACGGGCCGCAGAAUUGGCAGAUAAAGCUUGGAAGGAGUCCGAAAGUUUUGCCGAAGUCCUUGGUGCUUUAGAAGGGAAGCGUAUUGAAGCCAAAAGCAUUCAAACCAGCAUCUUCAAUCUUAAGCAGCAUCUUGUUGAAGUUGACGAGUCGGAGGAAUGGCUCGAAUCAUCCCUAGAGCAAUUCGAGUCUCGACAGGAAGAGUACCGAGAACAGGAAGAUACGUUCAAGGAGAAGUACUUGGAGCUGAAAGAAAAUAUUGAAGGUAAUAGACGCCGGCUGGGCCUGAAGCAAGCUGAGCUUGGUAAGCAUGAAAAUGAUAAAGCUCAGUUUGAACGACAGAUGGAAAGACGCGGCAAACUUAUAAGAGAUAUCGCCCGCCAAAACAAUCUUCGUGGAUUCGAAGGUAGCCUGAACGAUACUGAGAUCAAUGACUUUCAGCAACGAAUCCAAAGGCUUUCUAAAGACAAAAAUCAAGCUCUAGAUAGAGCGAAGAGAGACACACAGACAGAAACACGAGAAGCACAGGGUAUAAUAAAUCAACUAGGCCAACGAAAAUCUGCUCUCCAAGAGGCUAAAAAUGCUGCCAGACGGCAGAUAUCACAAAAUGAUAAAGAGGCUGAUUCCUGCCAGAAGCGCCUUAACGAAAUUAAUGUUGACGAGGGAAAAGUGACGCUUCUCGAGUCCAAAGUACGGGAAACGGAGCAAGACUUACAAAAAGCUAAAGAGAACGCGAACAACUCCUCCUGGGACAAGGAUCUUCAGGCUAAAAAUGCAGAACUCCGCUCGCUAGAGGAAGAGGCGUCAGCUUUGAAUACAGAGUUGAUAGAAAACACCAGGAAAGCUGGUGAUCUUGCUCGCCUUGACCACCUGAAAAAGGAGCUUAAGGAUAGAGAACGGAGCUUGGAAACGAUGACAGGUGCCCAUGGCGACAGGAUAUCACAGCUCAUUGGUUCAACUUGGAGUCUUUCAAGCAUCGAACAAGAGUAUGAUUCAGUCCUGAAUAACUCUUCUUCAGCCUUAAUCAAGGCAGAGCGUGAGCGAGAUGCCACCAGCAGGGAGCUAGAGUAUGUUGAUAUCACGCUAAAGAAUGCCCGAAAAUCUCUUCAGCAACAUAGGCAAGAAUUAAAUGACUGCAUUGAAAAAAUCCAUGAGGCAAUAGAUGGCGAUCCGGAAGAAUACUUAGAUGUUGUCAAGCAAAGGCAAGAACAGCUUGAUUUGGCCAGAAAAGAUAUGGACCAAUAUGCAGGUCUCGGAGAGUAUCUUAGCAAGUGUCUUGACGCAGCACAGGAUAAGAAAGUCUGCCGUACAUGUGGUCGUGGUUUCAGGACAGAAAAAGAAGCCAAUGAAUUCGAAGCUAAACUUAGGGCUUUGGUGAAGAAGGCAACGAUGAAUGCAGAUGACGAAAGCAUUCAUCUAUUGGAAGAGGCUCUAGAGACGGCAAGGAAUUCAAGUACAUUCUACGAUACGUGGGGACGUCUUUCCAAUACAACGAUCCCCGAAACCGAGAAAGAAAUCACCAACCUUGAGUCACAACGGGAGCAAUUCCUAGCAAAAGCCGAGGAGCAUGAUGUGAUAGUAAGCCAGAACAGUGAAUCUAAGAGGGAUAUCGAGUCUUUAUCGAAGAUCAUUACCACCGUCGUUAAAUAUUAUGCUGAAAUUAAAACUCUAAAAACCCAAAUCCAAACCCUCUCUAUAAAGCAGCAAGAGUCAGGGGCCUCGAGAACGCUAGAGGACAUUCAGGAUACGCUGGCAACGAUUGGAGAAGAAUGCCGUGAGUUAAAGAGGGUGAUCAACAAAACUACAAACGAAAAGGAGCAAUCUAGAUCUGAAAUUACUCGGCUAGAACUUCAUCUUCGUGAUGUACGCAGCGAGUUCAAUGAUGCCAAGUUCCACCUAGAAAAAAAAGCCUCCAUCGAGGCUCGACUGGAAGAAUACCGCAGCCUUAACGCAAAACAGCGUGAUGAUAUGGAAAAGGUGGAUCGGGAUAUUGAGGACCUUAUCCCAGAGAUGUCAAAAGCCCAAGCUAAGUAUGACGACAUUAGUUUGCGUAGUGAACAGAAAGAGCGGACACUACAGCAAGAGGUUUCAAGCUUGAAUGAUUCAGUGCAUCAACUUGAUCUUGCCAACGAAGAGAUUAUUGCGUAUAACGAUAGAGGCGGUCACCACCAGCUUCAGCGAAGCGAGCGAGAGGUGCAAAAUAUUACGACGGAAAUUGAUCAGCUGGAGGGAGAACAAGGAGCCCUCACACGGCAACUGAAUGCCAUUUCGGCUCGUCUGAAGGAUAGUGAGAAUACAAAACGCCAAUAUUCGGAUAACCUUAGAUACAGACGGGAAAUGAAGAGUCUUGAGGAGGUGAAAGCAGAAAUCUCGAGAUUAGAAGCUCAGAAUGCCGAUGUCGAUCGGGAUCGUUUCAGGCAGGAGUCAGAUCAGCGCACACGGGAGUAUAACAGCCUCUCUGCCAGGCAGGCUAGCAAGAUGGGCGAGAUGAAAUCAAAAGAUGAUCAGCUUAUGCAACUUUUAGCUGAUUGGAAUACAGACUACAAGGAUGCAGCCAUCAAAUUUAAAGAGGCUCACAUCAAAGUUGAGACCACAAAGGCUGCAGUGGACGACCUUGGAAGAUACGGCGGUGCUCUAGACAAAGCUAUUAUGAAGUACCACAGUCUGAAGAUGGAGGCAAUCAAUAACAUUAUUGAAGAGCUUUGGCAAAAAACGUAUCGAGGCACGGAUGUUGACACCAUUCUCAUCCGCUCCGACAACGAAAACCCAAAAAGCAAGCGUUCUUACAAUUAUCGCGUGGUUAUGGUAAAGCAAGAUGCCGAAAUGGACAUGCGAGGGCGAUGCAGCGCUGGCCAGAGAGUUCUUGCCAGUAUCAUCAUCCGCCUGGCACUAGCAGAAUGCUUUGGCCUAAACUGUGGGCUAAUUGCACUUGAUGAGCCGACAACUAAUCUGGACCGUGAUAACAUCCGUUCUCUAGCAGAGUCGUUACAUGAUAUUAUCCGGGCAAGGCAGCAACAGGCGAAUUUUCAGUUGAUCGUAAUCACUCACGAUGAAGAAUUCUUACGAAACAUGCAGUGUGGGGAUUUCAGCGAUUACUAUUAUCGAGUCUCUAGGAAUGAAAGGCAGAAAUCCAUUAUUGAACGGCAGUCUAUUGUUCAGGUGAUGUGA